CCAUCAUCGCAGCGGCUGAAGCCAGAGGGCAGGGGACAAGAUGAGCCCGGCGCCGGCGUUCCUGAGCGCGGCCGAGGUGCAGAGCCACCUCCGCAGCUCCAGCCUCCUCAUGCAGCCUCUGGAAGCGGCUCUGAACCUUGCUGACAAAGUAGAGAGUGCUAUUUUCCUGGGGGUGAUGCCCGCCUACAGUGCAGCAGAGGAUGCCCUGACCACCAAACUGGUCACCUUCUAUGAGGGCCACAGCACCACAUCCACUGUCCCCUCUCAUCAGGCCACCGUGUUACUCUUCGAGCCCAGCAAUGGCACCCUGCUGGCGGUCAUGGAUGGGAAUGUCAUAACUGCAAAGAGGACAGCUGCGGUAUCGGCCAUUGCCACCAAGUUCUUGAAACGCCCCAACAGUGAAGUUUUGUGCAUCCUCGGAGCUGGAGUCCAAGCCUACAGCCACUAUGAGAUCUUCUCAGAGCAAUUCUCCUUUAAGGAAGUGAGGAUAUGGAACCGCACAAAGGAAAAUGCGGAGAAGUUUGCAAAUACGGUGCAAGGAGAGGUCCGGGUCUGUUCCUCGGUCCAGGAGGCUGUGACAGGGGCAGAUGUGAUCAUCACUGUCACCAUGGCAACAGAGCCCAUUCUGUUUGGUGAAUGGGUGAAAGAAGGGGCCCACAUCAAUGCCAUUGGAGCCAGCAGGCCGGACUGGAGAGAACUAGACAACGAGCUGAUGAACCGAGCUGUGCUGUACGUGGACUCCAAGGAGGCUGCCCUAAAAGAGUCCGGGGAUGUCCUUUUGUCCGGGGCGGAGAUCUUUGCGGAACUGGGAGAAGUGGUGAAGGGCGUGAAGCCGGCCCAGUGUGAGAAGACCACAGUGUUCAAGUCUUUGGGAAUGGCGGUGGAGGACACAGUUGCAGCCAAACUAGUAUAUGAUUCCUGGUCAUCUGGUAAAUAAAGCAAAGACACCUUGUGUUGACACGGAUGCUACAGCUCAAGGGAUAUCGCCUGGACCAGCUCACAAUAUCUAGACACAUUUAGAGAGCAUGGUGCCCAAUGAGCUAUACUUGUGCUCUAUUCCUGUCUUAUCUUAACGAGACCCCCAUUCGUGUUCAUAGCUGGAAAGCCCACCCGUGCCCAUUUCUUCUGUCACACUUGGUGAUAAGUCUGUGGUUUUUGCUACCUUUGGCAUUCCUUGAAAUAAAAGCGUUGCUCAAUUCUGAA